UGCACAAAUCCAAAUUCCCGGGGAAAAAAAAAAGAUGACGAAUCAGAAAAAAACCUCAUCCAAACUCUGAAAUGCCACUCGGUGUCUCUCUCUCAACCUCAUCCGCUUCUCCUUUGUCCUCUUCCCCCUUCUUCCUUCGCCGUUGCGGCCAUGCGAAACCCCGAUCCCGGCGAUUCCUCCUCGGCACCAUUUCCUCCGCCGAGCCCCACCUCCGGAAGAACCAGACUGGCGUCAUCGUCGUUGGCGCUGGACUCGCCGGCUUAGCCGCCGCGACUCGGCUCAGCUCCGAGGGAAUCCCGUUUCGCCUCCUCGAAGCCUCCGAUGGCGUCGGCGGACGCGUCCGUACUGACGUCGUCGACGGCUUCCUUCUCGACCGUGGAUUUCAGAUUUUCAUCACGGCGUAUCCUGAAGCUAAGAAGCUUCUAGAUUACGAAGCUCUAGAUUUGCAGAAAUUCUACGCCGGAGCUAAGGUUUAUUACGACGGGAGAUUCCACACCGUGGCGGACCCUCUCCGGCAUUUUUGGGAUUCGGUGAUCUCGCUAGCUAAUCCCAUCGGAUCUGUCGUCGACAAAGCUCUGAUCGCUUUGACGAUAGUUAGGGUUCUAAGCAAGUCAAACGACGAUCUAUUGACUGCCUCCUACGAGGUUCCGACCAUCGAACUCCUCAGAAAGAUCGGAUUUUCAGAUUCUAUCCUGGACCGGUUCUUCCGACCAUUCUUCGGCGGAAUCUUCUUCGAUAGAGACCUCGAAACGACCUCCAGAUUGUUCGAUUUCAUAUUCCGGUGCCUCGCACUCGGAGAAAACACGCUUCCCGCCAUGGGAAUCGGAGAAAUCCCUAAUCAGUUGGCCGGAAACUUGCCCGCCGGAUCCAUCUCAUUGAACACACGAGUCGCUUCGAUCGAGUAUCCGGGUUCGGACUCUCCGCCCAUCGUGAGGCUCAAAAACGGCGACGUUUUGAGCUCGGAUCUAGGAGUGAUUCUCGCGGUCGAGCAACCAGAAGCAGAUAAGCUUCUCACUGGGAUUAGAGAACCGGUUAAGAGCAAACCGGCCCGGAGCACAGCUUGCCUAUACUUCUCAGCUGAACCAGACCAGAUCCCGGUACAAGACCCGGUUCUGAUUCUCAACAGUUCAGGAACCGGUAUAAUCAACAACAUGUUCUUUGCCACAAACGUCGCCCGGACUUACGCCCCACCGGGAAAAGCUCUAGUGUCUGUCUCAUUGAUCGGGUCGUUUGACGAUAAGUCCGACGCGGAUCUUACGGCCGAGGUCGUCGGGGAAAUAUCGGGUUGGUUUGAUGCUUCUUCGGUUAAGUCAUGGAGACAUUUGAGAACGUACCGGAUCCGGUUUGCUCAACCGAAUCAGAAACCACCAACCGACUUGGUUAAGAGUCCUCGGGUCGGGUCGGGUCUUUUCGUGUGCGGGGAUUACAUGACUUCUGCCACGUUCGAUGGGGCUUUGGUUUCGGGCCGACGGGCCGUGGAACGUCUGCUGCAAGAGAAAGGACUAAUCAAAGUCUAAUUAACUGUUUUAUCGAUUGUAAUCAUGUUAUCUAAUUCAUUUUAAAUUGUCUAUACCUUCCAUGUUUUCUGAAAGUUUUAUAUGUAUAGCUUUGUCUGCACCUUGUAUCUAUUAUAUUUAUAUU